UUGAACGUCUUACGUGUCCCGGAUGGCUCAGUGCUGUGCUAGAUCUUGAUCGGUUCGAAUCGUACGUGGAACGUUACGUUUAGCUCCUGGUUUGCCCUCGUCAGCAAAAGGGCUCUUUCGAGGGCGUGACACAGUUUUUUUUUAAGUCCAGGGGGGUUAGGAGAUGUUUUUCGUGGGUUCGGAAUAAGAGUGACGAAACAUUUUUGGAGAGAAAUACUGAGCAAACACAGAAUCGAUUAGCACCGCGUUUUUUUUUUGUUAGUUCGCAACUGAUAGUGACCUACUUUAGAUAGGAAAAGAAGCAUGAUGAAGGUUAACGGUAAAUACCUGUGCGUGAUAUCAUUGGUGAUAUUUUCGAUUAGUGGAAGUGCUUAUACGACACAGCGAUCGAACGUCCGGGAUGACGAAGGCAGUCCGUUCCUGGAUAUGGCCUCGGAGUUCUUGCAGUCUCUUGGAAAUCAAAAUGGAGGCGGUGGAAAUGCGGCAGCUGGGCUGACGGGAAUCGCUUCCAUGCUGUUGCCACUGAUGGCCAAUGCUAAUGCCGGAGGUGGUGCCAAGUCCAACAAUGAUGGUGUUGGAGCGAUCCUUUCCGGAAUCGGAAGCAUGUUGGCCGGGGCCAAUGGUGGCAAUGCCGGAGGUGGUGGUGGUGGAUUUGAUCCCGCUCUGAUUGGCAAUGUGAUCCAAAUGUUCGCUGGAGCGAACGAGGAUCAACAACCCCAGAGACGAUCCAACAAACGACAGAAGCGUCAGCAGAGAGCCGAAGAGGGUAACCCCAUCCUUGAUACCGUUCUGACCGUUGCUCAAACUUGGCUGGCCAAUCAGAACAGCGUCGAUCAUGACGAAGAUCGGGAACCUCAACAUCCUGGAUUCAAUGGGGACACGAUCGCCAAUCUAUUGCCACUAGCCGUCCAGGCGUUCCAAUCCUUCUCCGGUCCAGACAUGGAAAAGACUCAGGAAAAGCACAAGGAUCACUCGUGGGUUCUGCCACCCUUCCUGGAGCACAUCCACGUCAUGUGGGAUCAGUUUACACAAUCCGAGCUGGCACAAGCCCUGUGGACCAAGAUCGGACUGGAUACGGUGUUUAAGGGAUUUGUGGGUCGCGAUGGAAAACUGGACUACGAUAAGCUGUUUGCCACGCUGCAGAACCAGAGCUUCCGGCGACGGUGGAUUAAGGCGGCCACUAUCUAUCUGGCUGACUGGGCCAAUUAUAUUGCCAACCCGGAGGUCUAUCAGAGGUGAGUGGCGUGGUGAUGACGAAUUU